GGAAAAAAUAAACAAACUCGGCGUUCAGGGGAAGGAUAAAAAUAAGAAAAGAAAGCGAUCGACGGCGAGGACAAACUGAUAACCAUUGGUGUAGCCUUUCCUCGUUGGAGAACGCUGAAAGAAGAGAGUGAAGGGCACAGCACCAAUGGCGGUCUUGUCAAUCCGCAUAGUGAUUUGGCAAAAUGUUACGUCGGACGCCCUUCCUGACACAACCACUAAUCCUAUGGACGGGGGCACAGAUGGAGAAAAACACCCUUCUGGCUUUCGCAGAGAGGCGGACGACUGCAGCAGACGAAAGCACAGAAAUGCUGGUUAUGAAGAGAGGAACGCUGAAGAAAGAUGACUGUAACAAGGUCAAUAUUGAGUGGUCAGAAUUGGAGGAGGUGAAAAAGGCACGACUAUCUGGAUACCGUCCAAUGAACCCCUGCCCAGUGUAUGAGAAGAACACCAAAACUCUGUUCCUCUUUUUCAUCUGCGUAAAGGGAACUGUCUCGGAGGAAUACCAGAGGUACUUGGGCUGCAACAAGACCCGUCUCUGCUACAUCAAGAGCCAUAAUGAUGGCCAAGAUUGGGAAGAGGUGCAGGACUUGACCGACAAGCUACAUGAUGUUAUCAAGGACUGGACGACUUUUGCUGUGGGGCCUGGCCAUGGUAUUCAACUCAGUAGUGGUAGAUUAAUUAUACCGGCAUAUGCUUAUUUUCCCUGUGUGCCAUUUAAUUGUUCACACCCAUUUGCACUGUGUUUGUAUAGUGAAGAUUCUGGCGAAACAUGGAAAGUUGGCAAUAAGCUUAAAAAAAUAUCACUAGAAUGUGAAAUGGCAGAGAUUUUUGAUGAUGCAGGGCAGAGCUAUGUUUACUGCAAUGCCCGCAGUGAAGGUGGCUGUCGAAUAGAGGCUGUGAGUGAGAACAAUGGAGAGGAUUUCAGAAUUCUAGAUUCUGCAGAUAAACUUGUUGAAACAGGAAAGGGAGGUUGUCAGGGAAGUGUGAUUGCCUUUCCUGCGCAAGGUGAAUCUGAAAAUGCAAACAGUAUCCCAUCCCAGAACGCUAAAACUUGGCUGUUCUUCACCCACCCAACCAGUAAUUCAAGUAGGACCAAUUUAGGCACAUAUGUAAACCGGUCCCCACUAAAACCAAGUGAAUGGAGCUGUCCCUGGGUCAUUCAGAAUGGACCCAGUGGUUAUUCAGACCUGGCUUUGAUUGGUGAUGGUCAAUUUGCAUGUAUAAUGGAGUGUGGGGAGCAAAGUGAACUUGAACGGAUUGCCUGUGUAGUCUUUACCUACAGGGAUUUCACUGAACAUGAAAAAUCUGUGGUUUUUAGUUGAUGUCACAGCGACUGUUUCAAUGACUGCCAAAGUAUGUCCCUCCCUAAUCAGCUUGCAUGUGAAAUGCUGCUUGUAAGCAAGUCUUUUGUGGUAUCUUUUAUGGAUAAAAUGUAAUUGUAACUGAUGGAUCAUCAGUUAGCAACAAAGGUAAAUAUACUCAGGUUCUCCACUGAUACAAUGAAAUCUAAAUCUGCUCGUCUGGCUAUAACGCUAAAUCGAGCCUUGAAGUUGGAUAUCAGCGUUGAAAUAUCAGUUGUUCACAUCUGUCUUGCUAGUCCUUACCCAAGCUUUGCUGUCCUAAAAUAAUUCUGCCCAAACAUACUGAUGUAUGUUCUGAUGAAGGUCGAAGGCGACAGGUAUGGGUGGGUGCAAGUCCAUGAAUGCUGGGAUGGCAUCCAGUGCCCCCAUCCAUAGGGUUAGUGGUUGUGUUAGGAAGGGCAUCCGACAUAAAAUUCUGCCAAAGCAGUGUGCAGGUUGACAAGACCAUACCGGAUCAGUCGAGGCCACCAUUGGUGCUGUGCCCUCACAGGGUACCAGUGGAAACUAUAAAAUCUGCUGUGGCUGUGGCGACCCCUGAAAAACAGGGAACAAGCCAAAAGAAGAAGAGGAGGGAGAUGUUCUGAUGAAGGCCUAAUAGACCAAAAACUCAACUAAAAGUCAAUAUUGCAUAAAUCUAAGUGUGCGGAAGUCUUUUCUAUCAGUUUGGACUCAUUGAUGCUUCCAGCAACUUAGUGAAGAUGUAGCUGGGUGGAGCGGUGGUCAGUCUGCAUUGUCUCCAUCGCCCACUGGAAACCUCAUCUUUUCUCCCUCCUAGACAAAACAGCAUUUAAUAUAUUCCUUUCUAAUAGCUUAAUGGUUAGUCCCUGUUUGUUUACGCUGAGCUGCUGCCAGACUCCUUGACUGUUGAUUAAUCUGCAAUGUCUAUUGUUCAUGUGAAAAGUUCAUUUUACUUCCUGAUAUAAUUUGUCUGCAUAGCACUUAUAAUAAACCUGA